GGCGCUCAGGAUGCGUCAGUCCCUUAGGCCUUGGCUGUAUCCCUAUCAAGUGUCCAUGGGUCCGUGGGACAGGCUGCCGGCCUCCUCCUGCCCAGCCUCUGACUCACUUGAUUGGUGGCCAGAUAGCUAGAAAACCACACCCCCCACUCCUGUGUUGCCCCUGCCCCCACCCUCUGGCGAUUGUAGGGAAAUCACUCUCCAAGUCACACCUAAGGUUACAGAGGGUUGCUAGACAAGGCCCUAGAACUGGAACUGCUGUGGGGGUCCUGAUAGUAGACCUAGUGGCCGCCACUAGGCCACCACUAGCCGCCAGGUCACGGCUUCUUUCUCCUAGCCAGGUGGAAUGCAGAGUCCAUGAAGCCCUGAGGGACCCCUCUGUGCCCCAGAAGAGCCAUGGCUCCAAAGCGCAAGCCCCCGGUGCAACAUGCGGGUCCUGAAAAAAAGAAGGGGCGUCAGGGGGCAGAGGAGGAGGACAGCUUCCGCUCCACUGCCAAGGCUCUCAGAGCUGCACCCACGGAGAAGCACAUAGUCCGAGUGGAUCCAGCAUGCCCACUCAGCCACAGUCCCAGGACUCAGGUGCAUGAAGACUACGCCUGCACCCUGAACCAGACCAACAUCGGGAGCAACAACAACAAAUUCUACAUCAUCCAGCUGCUGGAAGAUGGUGACCGCUUCGCCUGCUGGAACCGCUGGGGUCGUGUGGGAGAAGUGGGCCAGUCAAAGCUCAGCUAUUUCGUGUUACUGGAGGAUGCAAAAAAGGACUUUGAGAAGAAGUUUCGGGACAAGACCAAGAACAGCUGGGUGGAUCGGGACCAUUUUGUGGCCCACCCGGGCAAGUACAUGCUUAUUGAAGUACGGGGAGAGGACGAGGCCCAGGAAGCCAUGGUGAAGAUGGUUGGAGGCCCAGUAAGGACCAUGGUUCAGCAGGUGCGACCCUGCUCCCUGGACGCAGCUACACAGAAGCUCAUCACCAACAUCUUCAGCAAAGACAUGUUCAAGAAUGCCAUGACCCUCAUGAACCUGGAUGUGAAGAAGAUGCCCCUAGGGAAGUUGAGCAAGCAGCAAAUUGCACAGGGCUUCGAGGCUCUGGAGGCACUGGAGGCAGCCCUCAAAGACCCUACGGAUGGUGGCCUCAGCCUGGAGAAGCUAUCCUCCCACUUCUACACUGUCAUUCCCCACAACUUUGGCCGCAAUCGGCCCCCAUCUAUCAACUCCCCUGAGCUUCUGCAGGCCAAAAAGGACAUGCUGCUGGUGCUGGCAGACAUCGAGCUGGCUCAGACCCUGCAGGCAGCCCCUGAAGAGGAGAAGGUGAAGGAGGUGCCACACCCACUGGACCGAGACUACCAGCUCCUUAAGUGCCAGCUCCAGCUGCUCGACUCCGAGGCACCCGAGUACAAGGUAAUACAUACCUACUUAGAACAGACUGGCAACACCUACAGGUGCCCUGUUCUUCAACAUGUUUGGAAAGUAAACCGAGAAGGGGAGGGAGAUAGGUUCCAGGCCCACGCCAAGCUGGGUAAUCGGAGGCUACUGUGGCAUGGCACCAAUGUGGCUGUGGUGGCCGCCAUCCUCACCAGUGGGCUUCGCAUCAUGCCACAUUCUGGUGGCCGCGUUGGCAAGGGCAUCUACUUCGCCUCAGAGAAUAGCAAGUCAGCGGGCUAUGUUACUGGCAUGUCCUGCGGAGCCCACCAAAUUGGCUACAUGUUCCUGGGUGAGGUGGCACUGGGCAGAGAGUACCACAUCACCAUCGACGAGCCCAGCUUGAAGCAGCCACCCCCUGGCUUCGACAGUGUCAUUGCCCGAGGCCACACAGAGCCUGAUCCAGCCAAGGACACCGAGCUGGAGCUGGAUGGACAGCGAGUGGCAGUGCCCCAGGGCCAGCCCGUGCCCUGCGCAGAGUUCAGCAGCUCCACCUUCUCCCAGAGCGAAUAUCUCAUCUACCAAGAGAGCCAGUGUCGCCUGCGCUACCUGCUAGAGGUUCAUCUCUGAGCUGUCCCCCUACCCUUGCCCCAGGACCUGCUGGCCGCUAGACCAUCAUCUCAACCUUCCUGCCCAUCCCCCAUAUCACCCCUUCUUGCCCCCAGAUCUCCCUCUUGUGUCCCAGACAGUGAUCCCCCCCUCCCUCCAAUCCUUGCUAGCCCUGGCAUGGCCGUGGCCCCAGAGUCUCACCUCCUAAGGUGAUGGGCAUGAUGGGCUGCCAUUAUUACUGGGGCACAGAUACAGCAGCCCAUUCAAGUUAGAGGAGCACAGACUGAGAGUGGGCAGAAUCCCAGAUCCACCUGGGCUGUCCACCCUGGCCCAGCUUGUCUGUCCGAGAGGUGUGAGCACCAGGGUAGGCUAAACUUCAAGCAUGCACAGCAAGCUUAUUAAAUAUUGUAUCUGCUCACUC